UGCACACAUUGUGGCGCGUUCACGACAGCUCCCCCUGACCAACUUCCAGGGAAGCAGCAGCAGUGUUAAAGUUUGGAGAGGAAAAGUCAGACUCCUUCAGCAGGCAAGAGGCUCACCAAACAUACGCUGACACAGGCCAAAACCAGGCAUCCAGUAUGGACGAUUUGGACGCGUUGCUGGCGGACCUGGAAUCUACUACGUCCCACAUCUCAAAGCGACCGGUGUUCUUGCCUGACGAGACCCCCUACUCCAUCCCUACCGGAGGACACUCCUACCAGGAUGUGUCGGUUCCACCUCCAGUUCCUCCUCCACCCUCAGCCGAGGCCCUGAACGGCUCCCUGGUAGAUCAGCCGGACUCCCACCACUCCUCUCAGCAGUCUUUAGGUUCAGCCCAGAAAAGCUCAUGGUCGAGGGACAGUAGCAGCUCUCCGUUGUCUCACAUUGAAGAGGACCACGUCUACAGUUUCCCAAACAAACAGAAGUCAUCCGACUCGUCGACAGCGGCCAUGACCUCUGCCCUGGGCAGCAACCUAUCAGAGCUCGACAGGCUGCUGCUGGAACUCAACGCCGUGCAACAGAGCUCCCCUUCGUUCCCCACUACAGAGGAGACAGCUCCACCCUUACCGUCCUGCAGCAUCACCCACUACGAGAACGGUAGUGCCCCUGACAUCAUGGUAAGCCCUCCUACUCAGGAGAAACCAAAGAGGAACGGAACAAGGUUGGACGAGUCCCGACCCACUGUGGAGAGUCUUCUGGACGAGCUGGAGGGCUCAGUGCCUUCACCCAGCCCCUCCGCUCGCCACAGCGAUUUGGACAGCCCCUCCCAACAGCAAGCCCGAAUUUCAGCUUCCUGUGCCACAAGAGAGCUGGACGAGCUGAUGGCCUCUUUGUCUGACUUCAAGCCCACUUCUUUGGGCUCUCUGCUGGACCCAGCAGGAGCAUCUUCCAGCUCUCCUCAACCUCCAGUCUCUUCCUCCGUCACCCCAGUGGCUUCUCCUUUCCUUAGUCUGUCCCACUCGUCUGCCUGUGCUUCUCCUCUCUUCUCUUUGCCUGCUGGUCUAGAGCUGCACAUAGACGAGGACGGUGGAGACAGUGGCGCGUCAGUGCUCCAUCCGAAUCGUCCCCCCCCCCACAGUCCUAUAUCCUCACUCUCUGCAGCCAGUGACCUAGACCUGGAGUCUGCCAUAGAUGUGUCUGCCACCCUGCUGUCGUCCCAAACCAAUUCUCUGCUACUCCUCACUCAGGCAGCUUCCUCUAACUCCAAUCUGCUAAGAAACAGCCCAAGUCCCUCCAAUACCACCACCCCCUCACUUACCUCAGUUAACACUGUCUUGGACCACAAGUCCUCCAAGUCCUCCAGUCCAUCUGUAGAACAGGUGUCUCCCUCAGCUACUGUUUGUAAACUCUCUUGUGCACCUGAGACUAUGAGCAAGGGGGCUGUUUCUAUUCAUGACCUCAAUUUGAAUUUCUCCCCUUCACCUCCUUGCAAAGACCUUACCCCUUCUAUCUCUGUCCCAAAGACUCCUUCACCUCUCCCUGCUGCUGUCUCUAUAUCUCCAUCCCCUGCCAAUUUUUCCUCCAAAACAUCCUCACCAUCUGCAAUUUCCCCCUCUCCCCUGGCCUUCACUAGCCCUACAAUCCACAGUAGACUUCUGAUGGAGCCUACACCCACAUCCCAGAGAGCCAGCCCCCUCGCUGUGCAGCAACCCCCCAUGGUAGAGCCCUCCCUGGAUGAAGCACUAGACAAGCUGCUAGAGAUGGGUUUUGCUCAGAAUCACACAGCAGCACAUGUGGAGGAACCCCAGCUGCAGAUGGAAGCGCAGUGUCUAAGCAGAGGAGUGCAGGAGGUCCAUGAGGAGCUCAUCCUGCCCAUGGACAGAAACAGCAUGCAGCCCGACACUUUUGCCAGCACCACCAACACCAUCACAGACGAGUCAGUGGAUGGAGGCACUGACGGGAAUGUAGACUUGGACUGGGCUGACGAGGAGCUGUCCAUGUCCUUCCAUGACGGACUGGAUGGCACCAUGACGCCGUACACCGAGAGGUUGUACACAGAUGGCAGCAUGACCCCGAUGACAGAGGCCAGCUGGAUGGAUGAGUCCAUGACCCCGUCUACAUGCCCUGGGACCCCUGACGUUGGCCUGGACCUGCCCUUGCUGCAGCCUCCCAGUAUGGACAGACUCUCUGCAUCGGGACAUAUAAAAUCAGUGAUUAGGCGCACUAAGGAGACUCCCAACGUGCAUCCCAUGUUCCGAGAUGGUCAUCUGCGCAGGAAAAUGGGACCCAUCAUUGUCAACAAGAACUCUUCCCAGGACCGUCUCAUAGAGGAGCUUCAGGGCAAGCUCGGGAUCAACCGCUCAGAGCGGCGACGCAAACAGUCUGAUGACUGGAUAACCGAGGGUGUCGUCCUCACAUCUAAACCCCAGCGAUUCCGUCCUGAAGGAGCCAGCAGUGAGGUUGACAAGGUCAUAAUUCCCCCAGAGUCGCCUGUCCCUACGAGGAAGGUGCUCCCACCUCUGUCACCCCCCGCCCCUCGUCGCCCCCCUAUCAUAGAAGAACCUAAGCGACUGCUCCCAGUGCAGCAGCUCCCUGUUCCCAUACCACCACCACCACCACCUCCUCCUCCACCUCCCUCCCCCCCUCCACAACCUCCUCAUGUCCAGGAAUAUAUCCCCACUCCACCACAACAGAUUAUAAAACCUUCACCACCACCACCACCACCACCGCCACCACCAGCACCAGCACCAGUACCAGUACCAGUACCAGUACCAGUUCAGGAACCUCCUGCCCUCAAACCAGAGCCCCCUCCUCCUGUUCUUAAAACCCCAAUCCAGCCUCCACCAGUGGAGCCAGUGCCACCAGUUGCACCCAAAGUCCUGAUAUCUGUAGGCUGCCAAACAGAGUAUGACCCAAUCUUCCCUUCGAUGCAGAUUAUGGCUCAAGGGAAAGGUGGUGUUCCUGGUGGUCCCCCAACGCAGGUCAACAAGCUGGACAACAUGCUUGGUAGCCUGCAGUCUGACCUCAACAAGCUGGGUGUGCAGACGGUAGCUAAAGGAGUCUGCGGUGCCUGUUCAAAGCCAAUUGUUGGUCAGGUGGUGACAGCCAUGGGCCGCACAUGGCAUCCUGAGCACUUUGUGUGCACACACUGUCAAGAGGAGAUAGGUUCCAGGAACUUCUUUGAGCGUGAAGGACAGCCCUACUGUGAGAGAGACUACCAUAACCUGUUCUCCCCACGAUGCUUCUACUGCAACGGGCCCAUACUGGAUAAAGUUGUGACGGCGCUGGAUAGGACAUGGCAUCCUGAACACUUCUUCUGCGCUCAGUGUGGAUCUUUCUUCGGCCCAGAGGGUUUUCAUGAAAAGGAUGGAAAAGCUUAUUGCAGGAAGGAUUACUUUGACAUGUUUGCACCGAAAUGUGGCGGCUGUGCCAGAGCCAUUCUGGAGAACUACAUCUCAGCGCUGAACUCCCUUUGGCAUCCUGAGUGUUUUGUUUGCAGGGAAUGCUUCACCCCAUUUGUGAACGGAAGUUUCUUUGAGCAUGACGGCCAGCCCUACUGUGAAGUGCACUACCACGAGCGACGCGGCUCCCUUUGCUCCGGCUGUCAGAAGCCCAUCACAGGCCGCUGCAUCACAGCCAUGUCAAAGAAGUUCCACCCGGAGCACUUUGUCUGCGCCUUCUGCCUCAAGCAACUCAACAAAGGCACCUUUAAAGAACAAAACGACAAACCCUACUGCCAUGGCUGCUUCAUCAAGCUGUUCAGUUAGGGAGCAGAGCACCUAACUGUGUACUACACAGUUCUGUAUUUGGGUCAGGGCUUAGAUAAGUGUCUAAAGCAUCUUUAGCACAGAUAGGGUGGGAAUGGAUUGUGUUUGUAUCAAAAAAGGUUGUCUGUUUUCUGAUGAUGACAUUGGAAGUGUGUAUGGAUUAGGUAUGUGCAUGUGGUUGAAGCAGCGUUGUCUCUGCCAAGCUAAAAUACAUUUAACUUGUCCUUCAGACAUUUGGAAAAACGUCACUAUUUUCAAACCGAUAACUGUGUUUUUGAAGCUGUUAGGGAUUUUAAAUGGGUCUAUAGGUUUGAUGCAGAUAGACUCACAACAGUUCAACAUUUUAAGGACCUUCAGAGCCUGAAAAACUGAAGCUACAAGGGUUUUCUAAAUCAACACUGAUAUACAGAACUCUAAAGGUUUUUUUUUUCUCCAAUCUCCUAAAAUGUGUUGGAUUUAUAAACAGGCAAAGAGCUGUCGUUCUUUUUUUGUUACUCUUGCAUCAUUGUGUUUUCUAAUCUUUUUAGUUUUUGUCUUUUACUUUAUAGAAGUUGGUGAAAUCUUUCUGAACACUGAAGAAAUCCAUGAAAUGCUCUGUGUGUUUGACAUUGUUGCUCACUGGUUGAGUGUCCUUUUAGAAACUAUAAAAAAAGAAGCAGAAAAAUCAGAAAACUAUAACAGGGAGCAGGUGACCUGUUAUUUUUUAACAUUACAGUAUAAACCAUUUUACAACUGAUGAGGGGAAAAGGCUUUUAAGACAUUUUUGUAAAGCUGGAAAGAGCAGAUGGAUAAACCCAUAAUAUCAUUGUAGCAUUGACUGGAAAUAGGCUUAGUCAGCAUUCACUAUUAUUUUUGUAUGUGUGAAAUGUAUUGUAUUGUCUUUAGACCAUUUUAUGGAGUCACUCAAUCAGCCUAAGAUAUAUAAUGAUUUAAUGUGAUGAUACCAGCAUGUCAGAACAGAAACAUUUAAAGAAUCUCAAGCACAAGUAUGUUUUAGCCAAAGUCUAACCACCCAUUGGUGAAUAUUUCAGUGAUGCUCAUUGAAAAAAUUCAAUAUGUAUCCAACCAGUAGCUGCUGCUCUUAUAGGUAAAGGGCAACUACAUAUUUAUGAGCAAACCUCACGUUUUUAAAUGUUUCACUGCCAAAUCAUUCCUUGUCUUUUCACAGAUGAAAAGAGAAAAUAAUCUGAAAACAGUUUCUCGCAGUAGCUUCAUACAGUGAAGUGGAACCUCAUACAGAUAUUGGGAGUAUAUUGUGAUAACUGGCAUCUCUUACACUAACUACCAUUACUACUUCUGAGUACAUCCUCAGAUGUUUUUUUUUUUUUUUUUUUUUUUUUUUGUAAAUAUCCGAUGCAGCUACAUUGUAAGCAAAGCGCUGACAUGCUUAGCAUGUACAUGUGUUUGAUAACCACUCAUUCAGAGAGGGAGAGGGCUGGUGGAAAGACAUAACAAAGAUACUUUGGUAUUUUUAGUGUCAUUACUGUAUUGAGAAGCUGAUGAAUGUUCACUAUUAUGAAAGAAGAAGUAUAUAAUGCAAGAAAAUCCAUAAAAUGAGCAUGUGAUACUCCAAUAAUGCUAUGCAACUGUGGAUUAACAACUUUGUAUGUCGGCAUCUUUGUUCAAUAACAGGCUGUCUGUGCCAUUGUAUCAGUACAAUGUCUAAUAACACUGGCAAAUUCAGCAAAAUACUGUUAACAGAUGAAAAGUCCACAGUUAUGUUUUCAUGUUACUAGUCUGUGAGUCCACUGAAAAGUGUAGGCUGUUGGAGUCAAAGCCUGGUGGUCUUUUAGAAGAAGUCGUAGGACUAAGAUGACUCAUUUCCCUCAGCAUCUGAGUAGCAUCUACUGUAUGACCACCAGGUUGUGUCUGUACAUGGUUAAUCAUGAAAUGCAGCAGAUAUAUCGGGCCUUUGUCUUGUUCAGGGAAUUCUAGAGCCUUAACUCUUUUCUCUCUUUCUAUUUAAGAGAUCAUGUAACAGUUGUCUUUUCGAAUCAUUUUAGUAGAGUGUUAUUUAACCAAAGCCAUACCUUCUUUGAAUUGUUUUUUCUGUUCUUUUUUUUUUCUUUUCACUUUGAAUGUCAUAGGUAUGAAUAGUGAGAUUCCUCACCUCUAGUCUGAUUACGCAAAUAAAUUCUGUUUUGGUAUCAAAA